AUGCAAAGCAGAAAUUUUACAGGAAGUAAAUUAACAAAUAGUUCAUCAAAUACUAUUGAAAAUAAAGAUAAUAUAGAUAAAAAAGAAAAUUAUAUAAAAGAAGUGGUUACUCCUUUAGGUGAUAUUUAUAUAUUAAAUGAAAAAACAAAUGAAAAAUUUAUUAAAGGGACUCAGAGGAGUGAUGGGACAUUCAGAAAAAACAUUCGCGUAAGAACCGAUUAUAUGCCACAAGUUAAAGGGAAAAUAUUAGAAGAACAAAAUAAAAACAAAUAUAUAAGUGAAAACAUAGAUAGUAUCAAGGGUGUAAACUUAAAUAAUAUUAAGAGUAUAAACACAUAUAGCAGUGUAAACAAGACAGGUGAAAAAAAGGUACCAGGAUGGAAUCCUGUCAAUGAAAAUGAAAACGCAAAAAAUUUAAAAAAAAAAAAGAAAAAAAAAAAGAAAGCGAAAAACGAGAAAACAGAAAAUUGA